GAAGAAAUGAGAAAGUUUCGUCAAUCGAACGUUUCUGCUGCCGACCAUUUAGAACCCGAUGCUUUCGACUCUGUUAUUCGAAAGUCAUUCUCCGUAGAUGAUAUCAUCAUUGCCGAAUAUGAUGUUAAAGGAUCAAUUCUUUCUAAAGGAACACUUUACAUUUGUAAAGAUAGGAUUCUUUGUAAGAAACCUAAAGUUGCUUUAGAAUACAAACAAAUUCAAAGUUUAAAUUGUGUAAAGAAGAAAGUUUCGAUUAAAUUAGACGAUUCUAAAACUGAACAUGAUUUGAAAUGUAAAAGUAUGGAAUAUGCUUCCUCGGUUUAUAAUUUAAUUAAGGAGUUGUAUUUAAUUCAUCAAUCUAAACCAUUGGAAAAGGUUUCUCUAGAUGAAAAGAAUAAGAAAUAUUUGGAAGGAAAGAUGCCGAAACUUGACGAAUCUGCAACACCAACCGAGGAGAAACAAAACAGUGCAGGAACUGGUUCUUCUACACCAAAAGGAAUAGUUUCUCAAAUGUUGGGCAAAUCAAUUGUUGAUUUUAAUGUGUUGAUUGUAGAAAGUCAAGAUUAUUUCGAUUGUAAAAUAUCUUUACAAAAACAAACUAUUCAAUACUCGACUCACGAGUUGAAAUUUACAGAAAUUACUGAAUUUAACAUUCUCAGCACUCCGUAUCAUAUCCAGAUCAAGUUUAAUAAUCCAAAAAUCAAAUCUCUUACAUUACUAGUGAGGGAAUAUAUUUCAUUUACUCAAACACUCAAAAAGAAGUAUCCAAAUUUGGAAAUUUCAUUCUCACCAAACUGUAGAACAAGUAAAAUCAAAGGUGGCUGGUGUAAUGAUGUUACUGUAUUGGCAUCUACUGAAAAUUCUGGUGGUCCACCAAUUAUGGGAUUGAAACCACCUGGAGGAAUGCCACACAAAAAAGUUUCGUCUAUGGUUUCGCCAGUUGCAGAGGAAGACAAGAAUGUUGAUGAUAUUGGAAAGAAUCAACCUGGAUUAUUUGUUACUUCAUCAAAAAAGCUUCCAGUUGAUAAUAGUGAAGAAUCUUCAUCAAAAGCUCAUUUGAGAUCAAGAUCUGUAUUUACAAAGCCAGUUUCUUCAGGAACUUUCACACCACCUGCUUCGUACAAACUUCCUGAACAUACACCAAAUACACCAAUUGCUAAGAGAAAGAGUGAUGAUAUGGGAGGGUCCUCUUCUACUCCACUCAUUAUUCCACCAAGAGUUCAAGCAGAUAGUGUCACUACUCCACAAGCACAAAAUGUCACUUCAACACCAACCAUUAUUCUCAGCUCUCCAAAAACACCAAUUGACAACUCCAAAAAUACCACUCCUCUCUCUGUAGCAACUCCUCCAAUUAUUGUAACAGAUACCACCACUACUGCUCAAUCAGAAAAUACCUCCUCCUCAGAUCCUGUCACAACAGAAGAAAAUAAGGUUGUUGUUCACUUGAAUUUGAAUAGAGCCAAACAAGCUAGACAAAGAAAACCAAGCACCAUUCAUAGACCUCAAAUGUCAAAGAUUGAUGAGGCCACAAAGGAAAGAACCAUUGAAGUUGGUGCAGAAGCUGGUUCUAAUGCUCAAUUAGAUCGAGCUGUUGAUUUGAAUGUAGCCACUAAAAGAAGAGCAUCAAGUGUUAAAACUCCAAAAUCUCCAGUCGAAGAAGGAAUGGAUACUGUUUAAUAAAGCAAUUCUUUUUUGAAU